GUUUAUGUGUCUGACUUGAUAGUGAUAGGAGGGAGGCAGCCAGCAAGCUCCGAGCGGGCUGCGGAGGAUGUCGACCCCGCUGCGGGGACCAGCUCCGGGCGGGACGCUUGUGUUUCUCGCCCAGUCGGCCCGCACUUGCAGCCAUCUGCACCCAUGAAGCCCCCGCUGAUGAAGCCCCGAGCUGCCAGAGUGAGGCGGAAAGUGGCCGGAGACAGAAAGCAUGUACUGGCGCGUCGGGUUUGCCUGGACGCGGUCGUUUGUGGUUGAUCUUGGCCAAAACCAGAGCUUCUCCUCCGGUCUGCUGGGCUCCGAUGAGCAGCUCUCGUUAUAUGGGUACAUCAUCGCCUACCCACUGCAGGACUACGGCGGGAUAAUGUCAGCUUUGGGCUCGGACUCGUGGUGGCGAAAGACGCUGUAUUUGACUGGAGGGGCUCUGCUCGCUGCCGCUGCUUAUUUGCUGCACGAAUUGCUGGCCAUCAGAAAGGAGGAAGAGCUGGACUCUAAAGAUGCCAUCAUACUCCACCAGUUCUCCAGGCCCAAAACUGGCGUCCCGUCCCUGUCCCCUUUCUGCCUUAAGAUGGAGACCUACCUUCGUAUGGUGGACCUUCCCUACCAGAACUACUUUGAUGGGAAGCUUUCACCACAGGGAAAGAUGCCAUGGAUUGAAUACAACCAGGAGCAGGUGUCUGGUACCGAAUUCAUUAUUGAUUUCCUGGAGGAGAGGCUGGGCGCGAGCCUCAACAAGAGCCUGACGCCGCAGGAGAAGGCCAUUUCUCGUGCCAUCACCAAAAUGGUGGAGGAGCAUUUCUACUGGACCAUAGCUUACUGUCAGUGGGUGGACAAUCUGGAGGAGACCCAGAAGAUGCUGUCAGUGAGCGGGCCGCUGAGUGACCUGCUCAGGUGGAUCCUGAGUCACUUGACCGGCGGGAUCGUCAAGAGGGAGAUGUAUGGGCAUGGCAUCGGGCGGUUCUCUGAGGAGGAGGUUUAUGCCCUGAUGGAGAAGGACAUGCGCACCCUGGCCACUCUCCUAGGUGAUAAGAAGUAUCUUAUGGGCUCUAAGCUUUCAACAGUAGACGCUGCAGUGUUUAGUCACCUGGCCCCUGCUAUGUGGACGCUACCAGGAACACGGCCGGAGCAGCUGAUCAAAGGGGAGCUGAUCAACCUGGCCAUGUACUGCGAGCGCAUUCGCCGCCGAUUCUGGCCCGAGUGGUUCGUGGACCUGGAGGACUUCUGCUACAGCAACACCACAGAGGGCAGCGACUCGCAGUCCAAACUCCCCGAUCUGGGCCUCUACUCCCGCACGGACACUUUCCAGGACGAUACACACACGCACACUUCACACACUGGCACACCAAAGGACCCUCUGUCACCUGACAGCGACCAAACAGGCCACUCGCUGUAUGACUCUGACAUGGACACGGAGUGCUCUGAAAUCGACAAGUGUUGACAAAACAUACACGUGUAGUACACACCACAUACACGCACACCACAGGAGGGAGCUGCAUCCCCCCCUCCCCCCCUACUUAUUUGAACAGAAAAUAACGGGGGAGUAUUGUUGGUGUCUCCUGUGUCAGUGAAAAGGUUGAGGACGUUGAGGUCUGACUAGCACACUGUGGUGGAGGAAUGACUGCAGCAGAGGGAAAGGGAGUGAAACAUGGUUUAAAAGUGAAGAAAAGUGACCUAUGGAGAGAAAGAGAAUGACAAAGCAGAAAAAUUGCAGUGCAGGGAGAAAAGAGAAGAUUGAAAACAAGGAGUAAAUGACGCCACUGCUGAUAAACUCCUCCACGUAGUAGACGUCAUCUGCAGUCACAACUUCUACCUGGUCUCACGUUGCCGUAACCAUGGCAACUAAGUAUGUGUGUGACCCCCCAUUGUCCCUGUAGAAACUCGCACCACCUAGCCUUGUGUGUGUUUUGACUAACUGAACCCUUAACGCCUUGUAUUGAUAUGACAUCGACACGUAGGGAACUGUACAGUGAUUCAUGUGAAUGAAUUCAAUUCAGUGUAAAUAUAUAAAUGGAUCAGAUUUAAUAGAUUAUAUAUGAGUAUAAAUAGUAUAGAUAGCCUGCAAAUAUAGAAUCAUCCCCUCUGUCAUAUGAUGUAAAUGCUGUAGGUGUUUCUACUUUGUGUUGCACACAAUGACUCAACUUGUCUUGUAGUAGUCUCCACACUGCUGGUCUAGGAUCAGUAUAAGGAGCCCUUUGACCUCCUGUACUAUAUGAAUCUGUCUACACAACUGGGAUAUUACAGUAAUGCCUGCUGCCCAUAUUUAAAUAGUGCAGUAAAAGUUCAUGGAAGAUAACGGAUAGGAAACUGCAAUUUGCCAUAAGCACUUUGAAACUAUCAUUUGUCUUAUUGAGAAAAUUAUUGUGCCAAAACGAACAUGUUAGAAGCGUAAUGUGACAUAAUAUGUUGUCAGACGCCUGUGUUUUGUCAUUGAGGACAGUAGCUUUGGGUCAAAUAGACAUGCAUUCAAUCCUUGAGAGCGAGUCAAACAAUCAUGUAGAAAUAGAUGAAAUAGAUAGUCUGAAUGAAAGUGCAUGGCUGGUACGUGCCAAUGAAAAUCUCCAUUUACACUUCACAUAGAUCAUUUUAUCGACAUUUAUUUGCUGGCUUAUUCAUUAAGGUUGAUGAUGUAGUUUGUUUUUUCGGUGCCUCUGGCCAAAUCAGCCACACAAAGAUGUAGUUGAUCCUUUUCAGCAGUUCAGUUGUUGUGAUGGAAACUCUAUGAUUCAAAAGGAAGCAAUAACAGAGCAGGCGCAGGUUAAUGUUAUGCUGUAGGCUGCGUGCUGUGUGUGAAGGUUCGGUGCAGGUUUUAUGUGUGUUUGUCACUCAGCAAAUGCACAUACCAACAUAUUGUGUGUUUGUGAGGUGAGGAAUAUGGAUGCAAGCAAGGGGUAUUCUGUCCAUGCUGUGUAUGGAUGAGUCACCCUCUGUCUGUGAAUGAUGGCACACUGGUGUCGUUUCACAGCACAACCUUUCCUUUCUAACACACACACACACACACACACACACACACACACACACACACACACACACACACACACACACAUACAUACACACACAUACACACACACACACACACACACACACACACACACACACACACACACACACACACACACACACACACACAGAAAUAGAGAGAAUUUAAGGAUUUUUUUUGUUGUGUUUUCAAAAAUAAUCAUAUUGGCUAAAAUAUUGUUCCCAAACUGUUUUAACUCUAAAAUCCAGCAUCAGUCAGGCUUUCCUUGUGAAGAUGCUGCUCAAAAAGAAAAUGUAUGAGUUAGAAAUAUGUAGCAUUAAUAUGUAGCAUUAUAUAGUGAAAUGAGAAGAAACAAUAUGAUAUCAUAAAUCUAACACUUAGCAGAGGGUUAGGUUUUAAGGUCAUAGGGGUUAGAAAGACGUCAUUACGACUCUGCUGUCAUUUGUUGAAUAAGACCAUGAUGUCGAUGGCAUGAUGGUAAAGAAUAUAAUGAUGUUUAAAUGAAAGCACCAUUUUCCUCCGUGUGGCUCCUUCACUGGGUUUAACAAAAUAAUGUCAAAAACAUUAAUAUGUAAGGCUUCAAUUCAAAGCCUUUAGUAAAGAGACAGUAAAACCUUUGUGUGUGUGAAUUCCAAUACAAUAACUAAAAAAAUGAACUGAAAAAUGUCAUUCUGUGUCUUAAAACCCCUCGCCUGCAUGUCAGAAUAUCAAAACUGACUCCUAAAGCUGUUUACUUUGUAUCAGUGCCAGCAUAUGACUUAUGUUUUUAUAUAAAUUUAUUAUUUAUUUAUUUAAUGUUGUGUAUAUUUAUUAAUUUUGAUGGUGGAUGUGAUUAAAAUGAGGAAACAACAAUAUUGUUAAUAAUUUUUUUUUAACUUUUCUUCUUCUGUUUACAAAUUUUUUCGUCUGGCUGAGAGUUUAUUGAUCUGUGUAAUAGUGCAAUACUGUAGAUUCUCGGACUUCCGCUGAACUAACUGCAUAUUUUCACGUUGUCAUUGCUGUAAUUGCAUGCAUGUCCAUGUUUUGAAAUUUGAUGUGAUAAAUGUUAUAUUCAUAUCAUAAUAUCAAUGUCAUUGUGUUCAAAUAUUACAGCCCCUCAUCUGCUGCACAGUUACUGUCAAAAGUAGAACUUUUUACUCUGCAGAGCUUCAGUUGAAAUCAUAAAAAAUACAUGAACUAUUGAGGUGAAAUACCAAACUGGCUGCUAGAGCUCAGAUUAGUAAGGUGAGGUCAGCCAUCCUGCUGAUCAGCUGAUGAUCGGUGUCCCUCUUGUAAGCUCACCCAUUACUGGAAGAACUGUCCUUCCAAAUCAGUGUCUGUAGGCAACUUCAUCUGUCUCAGUGUUCCUCAGCGGUUUGAGGUCAGGGGUCGGGCGUUCAGCCCUGCAGUGUGUGUCGCUCUGUAUUGAGAUUUCUGCUUGUAGACUGUAGAAGCCAUAUUGUCUCGUGGUGUUGUGUGUGUGCUGAAACACUUGUGGAAUCUCAUCAAACUGUAAAUAAGAGAGACAGGGGGGAAAAAAGUCAAAUUAAUAUGCAAACAUGAAUUAAAAGAAAUCGCUCUGUACUCAUUAAAAAAGAUUCUUAUGAAUGUAUCAUACCUAGAGAUAAAAAGCUGUAUGACGAUGGAUUACUCCUAAUAUUUCAUUAAAUAUAGCUGUGGUAUUUUC